UGUCUUCUGAGGUAAGUUCUGCAGGCCUGAUGGAGAAAAAUGAGGAGAGUGAAGACGAGAAACAUCAUGUCAAAACUGAAGAAAAAACUUCCCUGCAGACUGAAAGUAUUUCUUCACUGAAAAUAGACAAGAAAUAUUUCAUCUGCCAUCAGUGUGGGAAGAGUUUCAAAAAACAAGGACGCCUUAAGAAGCACAUGAUCAUCCACACUGGCGAGACACUGCAUAAAUGUGAUCAAUGUGGUAAAUCAUUUGUAUGUGCUUCAUCCCUAAAGAGCCAUCUCAGAGUUCAUUCACAGGAGGAACCAAUUUUAUGUUCUUUGUGUGGAAAGAGUUUAAAACGCAUAGAGAGUCUUGAGCUUCACAUGAGGAUCCACACUGGAGAGAAACCGUUCACAUGUGAUCAGUGUGGGAAGAGUUUUAGACAAUCAUCAGGCCUUAAGGAACACAUGAACAUCCACACUGGAGAGAAACCGUACGAUUGUGAUGAAUGUGGCAAAACAUUUUCGAGUUCUUCAGGGCUAUCGAGCCACGUGUUAGUUCAUUCACAGGAGAAACCACAUUCAUGUUCUUUUUGUGGAAAGAGUUUUUCACGUAUGCAGAAUUUAAAACUUCAUCAGAAAAUACAUACUGGCGAAAGAGAUCAUAAGUGCUUAGAGUGUGGGAAGAGUUUUAUUACCGGAGUGCGUCUGAGACAACACUGGAGGACUCACACUGGAGAGAAACCGUACAAGUGUUCACACUGCGACAAGAAAUUUCGUCUUUCAGGACACGUGAAAUCACACGAGAGGAUCCACACUGGAGAGAAACCGUAUCACUGCACUCCAUGUGGGAAGAGUUUCACUCAAGUAUCUUCUCUACACAGUCAUAUAAAAUACAAUCACAGGAAGUAGAUCAUCUUCAGAUCCGGCACUAUCAGGUCUAAUGCUGUGAGGAAAUAAUACCGUCAAACAAUGAAAUCUCUUCAAAAUCUGUCCUAACCAGCCCCAACGAGCGACAGCCCAGCUAACAAAAAAAGGUCCCCAGAACGUCCCCUAAAUGGCCUGUGCGAACGUCCCCCCGAACGUCCCCAUGUGGAGUCCGCUUGAUGUCCCGCGGACAUUCGCGAAGACGUCCUCCGGACGUUCAAGAGGACGUUCCCAGGACCACCAGCGGCCAUCCGGGACGUUUAUGGGACUUUCGCGUUUAGUCCCCUGAAUAUCAUUUUAUUUUAUUUUACUUCUGGCUAACCAAAGAAAACAGACGCGGUGUAAGGAACAAAGUACAUUAUUUAUUUAAAACAAUUGUAAAGGUGGCAUUUCCGUGUGUGUGUGUCUUCAAAUGCGCUGGCAGCUGUGUGUGUGUGUGUUUGUCGGUCAGCUGUGGGAUUAAUCCGAUGGCAGUUCUCCCCCUUCGGCGUCUAACGUUACCUAAAACAACAAAAUGAACAUAUUCCAUUAUGAUUUUAUCAAUAUGUGAAAUGUUGUCUCAUUUUCAGCUGUUAGCUUCGUAGCUGCUAGCUGCUACUCAUAUUAGCAUAUAACGGUUAUCAGCGGUACAUUGCGGACAACUUCAGCAAACGUUUUAAAAGGUAACAUUUUCAUAUAAUUUGAAGAUGGACAGUGGUUAUGGUGACUAAUUUAUAAUAAUAUAAUUAAAAAUACCUUUUAGACAGACGACGGACAGAGGAAACACAAGGCUGCGUCUGAGAAGGACCGUUAACUGUCACUACGCUACCCAGCUGAGCGUUGCCAUGGAUACAAACCAUAGACUGUGAUACAAACCGCGUACAUAAGGAAUGACGUCACUCGCUUAGCCGCAUUUGAUUCUGAUUUGAUCGUCACUCGCUUGUUUCUCCAAUGUUUUUUUUGUUUUGUGUUUUUGUUAUUUGUUCUGUAUGUGCUAUCAGUCUUAAGUACAAUAAUAAUUAUAACAAUAUUUUUCCUAAAAUAAAUUAUUUUUAAUAAAACCAGUCACCUUCUCCUGACCAACGUUUGACAGGUAAAUGUUUAGGAUACUUUUAUUUGUCUUACCUGUGUUAUUAUCCACUUUUCCAUUCUUCACGUUUUCCUUGGCUGCAUUCAUCAUUUGAAGUCGAUGCAUUAGAGCUCCUGGGAUUCAAUCUCUGUGCAUGUGAAUAGCCUUUAUAAAUUAUAGCUCAUAUUCAAUUGAAUCAAUUGUCAUGUUUUUGAUGUUUAAAUUAUAACGGGUGAAAACAGACUCGUGGUAGGCUAUACAUCUUUAAUUAGUGAUUAGAAUUUACAUGAAGUAACAUGAACAUUAUCUUAACAUUAAAACACUAACAUUUUAGCAUUAACUUAAUUUUACAAUCAAUGCAAAUAUUUGCAUUUUUUAGUUUAAUUAUUCGUUUGUCUGAGUUGUAAAGUUUCAGUUGAUGAUAGCAAACAUGGGCGACUGGUUAAGUGUUGUCAUGGAAAUGCCAGGUGAGGGACGAAAUAGGGACGUUCGCAAACUGGCCCGGACAAAUGUCCUCAGAACGUCCGUCAGCGAACGUUAUAGAAUGGAUCAAUGCGAACGUCAUCGGAAUGUCCGCCAGCGAACGUUACAAAGCGGACCAAAUGCGAACGUCAUCGGAAUGUCCGCCAGCGAACGUUACAAAGCGGACCAAAUGCGAACGUCAUCGGAAUGUCCGUCCGCGAACGUUACAAAGGGGACCAAAUGCGAACGUCAUCGGAAUGUCCGUCAGCGAACGUUACAAAGGGGACCAAGUGCGGACGUCCUCCGAACGUCCGCUAGGGAACGUUACAAAGCGGACCUAAUGCGGACCUAAGGGGACGUUUGAAAAGUCCAGGGGACGUCCCUUGUUUGUAGGGAGGACAAAGAAACAUCUAAAUUAGUAGCAGUGAAUAAAGUUAGUCUUCAAGACCAGCAGUUUUAACUGUGAGAUAAUUAUUCUUGUAUAUCAUUUUGCUUCAUGGUAAAUAAAGGUCAUUAUACUUUA